CAAAUUAUUUGAUGUUUAAUCAUUUUUGUGUUAAUUUUUGUACAUCAGAACAUUACAUUUUAAUGUGUGGGUGACUGAGCUGAAGAACCUCGUGUACUCAAAAUGGCUGGAAUGGAGAAAGAACUCGAGAAAGAGAUUGAAGAUUCAGAAGAAAACAUCACUGGAGGCUCUACUGUCGACAAUAGUCCACCACCUACUGCUGAAGUAGAUACAGAAACAUUUAAAAACUUAUCUAAUCCAGGUACGGAUACUGCUACAAACGCUACUACUAGUAAAUCUGUCAUUACUACAGAUGCUGCUAUUGCUACUAACACUGCUGAGACUAUCAGUAGUACAGGAUCAUCUAAUGUAGCAAGCAAGGAAGGGAACAGCUCUUAUCCUGAAGGCACCAGCGAGACACAGCAGCUGUCCAGUGCUGGUAUUAGUCUCAUUAAACUGUACAGUGACUCUUCUUCCUCUAACAGCAGCAGCAGUGAGAGCGAUAGUGAUGAAGAUGAUACUACUACUGCACAGUCAUUAGAUCAUCAUAAUAACGAUGAAGAUGAUACCGAAGAUUGUAACACUUACCCUGUUGGUUCUGGAAACAGGAAAUAUGGCUACCCCAUGAUAGCAGAUGAAGUGGAUUAUCGUGAUCUUCCUCCGCCUGGAAACACUGCUCCUUGUCUCCCUCCCUCUAUCCCCCUCUCUCCUAUUGGGACUGUGUUACAUACGAUAGAGCAACUGACUAUAAUAGAGUCAUAUCCUGAUCAACCUACUGUUGAUGAGGGGACACACUUGUGGUCUGAUGAGAGAGAAUAUAUUGGAGAGUUGUUUGAAACCAUUGGCCCAGUCAAGAAGCCUUUCUACACAAUAAGAAUGAGCAUUGAUGAAGAGAGUCAUACCUUACCGCCAGGCAAGGAAAUAUUUAUCGCAAAAGACGAGAAAAACUUCACAAAAUACGUACUAAAAGAUAAACUAAGAGAAGAGAAAUGGUCGGACGCCUCUUGGAAAAACGACAGUGAAGUACCUCUUGAAUUACAAGAACCAUCAGAUGAUGAGGAAGAGAGAAACAGAGCUGGGAAAGGAGCUAAUAAAGACAAGAAAAAGAAUAAAAAUAACAAGCAACAAGGAAAUCAAAAUCAAAGAUAUAAUUAUGCUGCUACUAGAACUGAUCUACCUCCUGCUCUACCUCCUCACCCUCCUUCCCCUUAUCUUUCAUUUCCUCCUCCAGUACCUCCACCAUUCCCUGUUCCAUCUCUUCCACCUCCUCCGUUUAACUUCCCUCCUCUUCCUCCUCCUCCUCCUUUCCCUCCUCCUUCUCUCCCUCCUUUCCCUCCCUCAUCCCUCCCUCCUCCUCUUCCUCCAUCUCUCCCUUUCCCUCUACCUCCUCCUCCCCUCCCUCCUUACACUAUAAGACAAGCCUAUCACAAUAAUAAUAAUAACACUCGAACAAGACCUCCUCCUUUCUCUUUUAGACCUUCUUUCAAUGACUCAUGCAAUAAAUAGCAAAUGCUGCUAAUAUUAUUUAUGAUUUGAUUUGAUUUGCACACAAUGAUUAUCAUUACUUUUUGGUAAUAUCCAAUCGUCAACUUUGAA